UGAGAACGAGGCAAACUUUAAAUGGCGACAGUCUGAGGCUCUUGGUCUCUUAAUGUGCUGAGAAAAUCUAAUAUAAAGUGGUCUUUUUGAAGCUGAGUAGAAAAAAAUAUUACCUAUCCAAAAAGAAGAAGCUAAUUUGGAAUCAUGACCUCGUCAUAAUUAGCUAUCUCGCGGAACGGGUUUAGCUAUCUUUGAGUCGCAAAGUCAGUUGGACUUGGCUUAUUGGAAUUAGAAAUGAAACCUAUAUCAGCAAUUAUAGCUCUGCUCUCUACUUUUGGAAUUUCUUCCUUACUUCUGUACCUUGUUGCCAAGGAAGUCUCUGCAAAUUUCUUUCUGGAGGAUGUGACAAGGGCAACACAGUUACGUUAUCCAAGCAAUUUGAAUGAACUCAAAGAGCUAGCAAGCCUUAUGAAAUAUUACAAGGAUGCCAAUUUUUGGCCGAUAAUGUUGAUGUUCUGCUGUGCUUAUUUAUAUAAACAGGCCUUUGCAAUUCCUGGAUCAUUCUUUCUGAAUGUUUUAAGUGGUGCAUUAUUUGGAAUGUGGACUGGAUUUCCUCUUGUUUGCUUGCUAACAGCUGUUGGAGCCACUGCAUGUUACACUUGGUCAAAAGUUUUUGGAAAGUCCAUUUUACAACACUUUUUUCCAGACAAGUUGACAUAUCUCCAAAAAAAGGUUGAUGAUAACACUGAUGGAAUAUUUUUCUUCCUGUUAUGCUUAAGACUAUUCCCAAUGUCACCGAAUUGGUUUCUGAACAUGUCAUCACCUAUACUUGGCAUACCUGUUCACCUUUUCUUUGCUUCAGUUCUUGUUGGUCUUAUCCCAUAUAACUUUAUGUGUUGCCAGGCAGGUUGCAUUCUCUCCGAAAUUACGUCUUUAAACCAGAUUAUGACACCAUCUGUCAUACUUCGAAUGUUUCUUGCUGCCAUUCUAGUCGCUGGUCCUGGUUUCCUUAUUCGAAAUUCAAGUAAAUCCAGACCAAAAACUGAUUAAGCAUAGACACUGACUUCUCUGAAAAAUGAAGAAAUCGAAAAAAAUUUUAUGGAAUAUCCUUAAUGUUGAAACUGUUAGAUUCUGUUAUGGCUGUGCAGCUGGUGUAAUGAUUUGAGGUACGGUAGUUGAUGUAUGAAAAACAGUCCACAGGAAAGAUCUUUGUAAUCAAAAUACAUCAUAUCCUGUUAAUCAUUGUUUAAUUAUGUCAUGUUUCAUGGCCUCGAUUUGAAAUGGUACCAAAUUUCAAGGUUCUGUCGAUUAAUUUCAGGCCAAUAGGUACGAUUUUAUCUGUAUUCUUGUAAAUGAUUUUAUUUGUGUUCUUGUAAAUAAUAUUUUGUUUGGUAUAAAAUAUUUCUGAUUUCAAAAUAUUUCUGAUUUCAUUCGAAAAUACGUUGAGAUACAAAGCAUGUACUAGAUAUAUGAUGUUUUUGAAGGUUGUUUAGCCAUUUAGUGGCAUUUUAAUGAAAAUAUUUUAAUUUUAAAAAUUGAUGUCUCAUGCUUUCGUAAAUCAGAAA